GCGUUUCAAUUGUACCGAGGGCAUUUUCCACGGUGCUGUCAGAAAGUGACUGUCAGAAGAGCGCACAGAAUAUGAAGGCCCCUAUUAAGGACGGCAUUGUCUUUUCCCCGUACCCAGAAGUUGAACUCGACAACGGUUCAUUUUUCGAGGCUAUCAAGAAAGCCUGCCUUAACGAUGGCGGAAAACCUAUUUUGAUCGAUGAUUCUGUCACGCUCACAAAAACUGAGUUUGUCAGUCUUCUGCGACGCUACGCCGCGGGUUUGCAAAAGCAUGGAGUGCAGCCUGGUGAUCGCGUCUGUGUGCACAUCGGCAACAGUGUGGACAACUUCGUGGCAAUGUGGAGCUGUGUCGUUGCUGGAGCGAGCAUCACCAUGGCCAAGCCAUCGCUCACCGAGAGAGAACUACGGUACCAGAUCACAGACAGCGACAGCACGCACCUUCUUGUGGAACCCGAGCUUUCAGAAAAAGCACGGAGGGCAUCGUCCGAGCUUGGACUAAAGGGCCUUUUCACAACGCGGUCCACUGAAGGAUUUAUUUCGAUGGCACCAUUUGCCGACAUGGCAGAAAGUGAAUUCCAGGAAGUAGCCGUGGAUGACCCGCAUGAAUCUAUCUUGGCUAUUGUAUACACCUCAGGUACCACUGGUCUUCCCAAGGGUGUUCAAAUUACGCACUACGGUUUUCUGGCCAACAUUGGAAUGUCAAGGUGGACCUGUCCGUGGGACGAGCAUGACGUGAUCGCCCUGCCGACUCCGAUAACACAUGGAAGUGGGCUAGUCUUCAUUACGAUCGGCGUGCUUCUGGGUACAACGUGCGUCAUUAUCCCGCCAAACUUGAGCCUUCCUGAUAUGGCUAAGGUGGUGGAGCAGCACCAGGUAACGGGAGCUAUUUUGUUGCCUUGGCACCUCCGGACAAUCGUGAGUGAAAUGCAGAGCACCGGAAUACGGCUCGGAGGACUACGACGUGUGUGUACAGGAGGUAUGGUGCUCUCUCCAUCUCAAUACAAGGCUGUUCAAGAAGCCUUCGGGGAGGGACUGGAGGUGCUUGCGAACGUCUAUGCCAUGACUGAAGCGGCAUCGCUGCUGUGUUCUCCGUCACGGGAUCACGCAACCGGUGUAGACAUGGGCUUCCCAGCCCCCGCGACGAUGUUUAAGGUGGUCGACAAGUUGACUGGAAGAUGCUUGGGCCCCUACAAAACGGGAGAGCUCUUGUUCAAAGCACCUACAGUGAUGAAAGGCUACUACAAGCGACCAACGGAGACGGCAGAGUUUUUCGACGAAGAAGGGUGGUGCAAAUCAGGUGAUGCAGGGUACUACGACGAGGACGGACGGAUUUACUUUGUUCAGCGGUUCAAGGAAAUGAUCAAAUGUAUGGAUAACCAAGUGACUCCUGCCGAGCUCGAAGACCUGCUGCUGCGGGAGCACUCGAGUGACAUUGCUGACGUCUGCAUCGUCGGCAUACCAGAUACAGUCUACGGUGAAGCACCAGCUGCCGCUGUCGUGACGCGGUGUACGCAAGCGUCGAAGGACCUUGCAGAGCUGUCCAGGAGGAUAAAGAAAACAAUAACCGAUAACUGUGCAGUGCACAAGCACCUUUAUGGCGGCGUCUUCUUUGUUGACUGCAUUCCAAAGACCGAAUCGGGAAAGACGGACCGGCCAGCUGUGCUGCGGAAAUGUUGCUAAAUAUGAAGGAAUCGACCAAGCUUCCGAAAUGGCUGCUUCUUGAAGAUUAUACCAUUAGCGUCGAUUAAAUAGUUACAUUGUCAGUACCUAAUAAAGAAAUAUUU